AUGAAGCCAGCGGAAUGCAAACACACGGAUAGUGGACGAGAGUACUUAGGGUUGAAGAACGUGACACAGUCUGGGAAGAAGUGCCAGCCCUGGCUCAGCCAAACACCAAAUGAACAUUGGACCAUCUUGUACCUACCGGCAUUUCCUGAUCCCGGCAUGGACAGUCAUAACAACUACUGUCGCAAUCCUGACCCUGAGAAGUCGGGUCCCUGGUGUUACAACGGAGAGGGCACAGAUCCUGAAUGGGAAUAUUGCGACAUUAAGAACUGCUAG